AUGGUUCAGCCCAUUCUCGCUGUCUUGGCCGUUGCCGCCACGGCAUCGGCCGCCUUCACUGGUAACCUCAACUACCUGUCGCCGUCCAAGCAUCACGCCUCGCUGGGUGUCUCCAUUAGCAAGGUGGCCAAGCGCACCUACGCCAACGCGCACUGGAGUCCGGCGCAGCUCGAGUUCACGCACAGCGUGGCUUCUGGCGACCCGUACGAGGAUAGCGUCAUUCUGUGGACGCGAGCUGCUCCGACUACGGACAAUGACAGGAGCAAUGUGACCGUGAGCGGUUACGUUCCCUUGUAUGACCACAGCACCGAGGACUAUGUCAAGAAGAGCGACUCGCCGGUCUGCGUGAAAUGGAAAAUCAGCACGAGCAAGAGCUUUGAAUCUGUUGCCGACUCGGGUACUGCUUACACGAGCUCUGAUGUAGAUUACACGGUCAAGGUGGAGGCCAAGCGCUUGGCUCCUUUUACCGUCUACUUCUACCAAUUUGAAAUUUGCAACUCCAACAAAACGUCUCCGAUUGGUCGCACGAAGACGAUUCCUAAAAAGAACUCCCGUGUAGAAACGCCAAUCAAGCUUGCCGUCUACUCCUGCAGCAACUACCCCUUUGGUUUCUUCAACGCGUACGGUAACCCAGUGCGAAAAGAUUCGGUUGAUUUUAUGGUCCACCUCGGAGACUACAUAUAUGAAUACCGCAACGGCGAGUACGGCUGGGGCAACUCAAUUGGGCGAAUCCCUCUUCCCGAUCGUCAGAUCUAUACAUUGUAUGACUACCGCAAGCGUAUUGCAACUUACCGGACAGAUCUGGACUUGUUGGCCAGCCACCAGAACUUCGCUUGGAUUACGGUCUGGGAUGACCACGAGGUUUCGGACAACACAUGGCGAGAUGGUGCCUCGGAGCUUAACAACACUGAAGCUUCUUUCAUCGCCGACGGAGGUGUCUCAGUUGAUCAGCGCAAGAUGAACGCCGUCCGCGCGUACUUUGAGUGGAUGCCUCUCCGUCAGGUUGACAUGGAUGAUAACCUCCGCAUCUGGAGAGAGUUCAACUUUGGCAACCUGUUCGAUCUUGUUAUGCUGGAUACUCGCCAAUAUGAUCGCGCUAUCACCGAUGUCUACACCAACACCGACUACAUCCACGCCAUCUCCAACGAAGCAAGCCGCUCCCUCAUGGGCCCCCGCCAAGAAGCCUGGUUCUACAAGACGCUGCGCAAAAGUUCGACCCGCGGCACGGCGUGGCGGGUCAUUGGUAACCAAAUCAUCUUUAGCCGCAUGAACGAGAGCUUGUCAAACGGCAACGAGAACCCCAUGAACUACGACCAGUGGGACGGCUACCAGGCGAACCGCAACCGCACCUUCCAGGCCCUAUACGAGCACAAUAUCGGCAACAACAUCUUCCUCGCGGGUGACUCGCACGCCUCGUGGGCGUCGGAUCUCGUCUGGCUCGGCGAGUACGCGUACGACCAGAACACGGGCGUAAACUCCGUCGGCGCCGAGUUCGGGGGCUCGGCCGUCAGCUCGCCCUGCCCGGCCGGACAGAACAUUACUUUGGCAAAGGCGAAUGCAGGCUCUGCUUGGCUUACGGCUGCGAACCGCGAGUUGCAAUGGCAAGACCUGUUUUACAGAGGAUACUUUGAGCUCAGCAUUGAUUACGACGCUGUGAAUGCCUCUUACUUCGGUAUUCCUACCACGAGAAUCAAGCAGGGAUACGAGAUUUCCCUGGCCAACUUUACUGUGUUGGCGGGUGAGAACAAGCUUCAUAGAUGGAAUGGGUCUACUGUUUAUGGGGGUGUUGCUGAGAGCGGCAGCUUGAAGAACGGCCGUGUCGUGCAGACGAACUUGACGCAUGACACGGGCAGCGGCGCGUAUUUCAAGUACAAUUCGCCCUAA